AUGAAAGAUCGGCCCGUCAUCAGCAUCGAAAAUUACACCAUAUACUGCGGCGAUGCCGAUGAGAACAAAAUCGGAAGUGCUCACGCACCUACGGAAACCGCUAAGGACAACAGUAAGGACGCCUUCUAUGAUCAACUCAAUGCGUUGAUGUCUAAAAUACCAAGCCAGCAGGUGGUCAUUGUCGGAAUCGACGCAAAUGCGAAUAUGGGACUCGAACAGCAGUCUGAUGUGCUAGGAAAAUGGUAUUAUCCAGCGGAGCGCACGUCGGACAACGGUGACCGUCUGGUCGACUUGUGCGAACAGACGGGCCUCAUCAUCGCCUCCACCUUUAAGAAGAAUCAUCGACGCCAUCAGCUCACGUGGCAGGGGUCAACCCUUUUAACGCCUAAAGAGCAGCGCAAGCGGAAGAUGAGGACUCUUAAGCUUCAGCUCGACUACGUUCUGGCGAGGAACAUUCCUCAGUCAGAUAUCCGAAAAUCUAGAGCUGUUUGGGACUUCGCGUUCGACUCUGACCACCGCCCAGUUCUUCUCAGCUUUAAGAUACGAUUCCACAAGAGAAACCGAGGAGUUCCUCUUCAACCGAAAAUUGAAAUGGCAGGUCUGAAAGACGAUGAAUGCAGAACAAAAUUCCGCCAACGUGUGUAUAUUCAUGUUGGAUACGGACCUGAAAGAAGCUUAGCCAUGCAGAUUCCUUCACAAAGUGCAUCCAGGACGCUGCAAGGGAAACGCUCCCGGGUUCUAUUGCUGCGAAAGUUUGCCUUUGUAUCUGCGGAAACAAAAUCCACGUACAAUUCUGUAUGUGUCGCAAGCAGCGCUGGUGACUUCAACAAGGAAACGCGUCUUAGAAGGAAGCUGCGUCGUCAACUGCAACAAGACCGCGAUAACGAGUAG